CCGUGGACGUCUCGCAGCUCAUGAAGGUGAGCCAGCGCAAGGACGACCUGGACAUCGCCGAGUUGGAGCGCGCCGUGCAGGACGCGUCGGCGCCCGAGACGCCGGCGCAGGAGAUCGCGCGGCUCCGCACCGCCGGCACGGAGCUCGACGGCAGCUACGACCCGGGGUCAGAGGUGUCCCCCCCUCGUCACCACGUGAUGGUGCCCGAGCGCUACGUGGACGAGGACCCCGAGGAGCCGCUGAGCCCCCUGGAAAUGGAGGCGCGGCAGAAGAACGUGGAGCGGAUCAAGGCGAUGCUCGCCAAGUCCAGCGUGCAGAACGUGGCGCCGCUGCCGUCGCCGGCGAGCCGCGAGGUGGCGCAGGGCAAGGUGGAGGCGCACGUGCAGGAGCAGGAGGCAUCAUCAGCAUGUCGUGCGCCCUCGCCGCGGAGGCGUGCCAGCGGAGCAAGGCCGUGGCCGGUACGGCACCACCGCCGCCGCGGGCAGCACGGCCACGCAUCGGCAGAACUCGGCGCGCGGUAUUCCGUGGGUCACCUUCACCGGGGUUUCGCGCCUCGCCGUUUGUUCACCGGGUCGCUGGUAAAAUGCAGUGGGCGGCACUGGACAGAGGUCGCAAACGGGUUUUGA